UACAAUUAUACAUAGUUACACGUGUCGAGUAAAAACUGAAACGUGAAGUGCUACAGGGAUUUCAUACCCUACUCUUCGCAGAACCUUCCAGGUUAUGUUGGACUUCACAGAAAAUCUGAGCAGCCUUGGUUUUGAGUGUGGAUUAAGUGAAAAUGAAAAAGAAUUAUUAUUUCUUCGUGCACGCGCUAAUGAUUUGACUGUGUGUGGAUGUGGGCAUGCAGCCUUCUUAUGCAAACUUGCAAAUUCAUUGAGAGAAGGCAUUGGGCUACCAAAGCAACUCGAAGAUAUAGAUUUACCGAGAUCAAAUGUAUCCAAGAAAGGGAAAUAUCUGACUGUUGGUGUGCUUGGGGGUGGGCACAUCGGAAAACAGCUGGUUCAAGUUCUUCUUGAAAAUACUGGCCUCAAACCAUCACAAAUCAAUAUUUCCUCCAGGAGGCCUGAAAAUCUAGAGGAUUUUGUGAAGAGUGGUAUCACAUGUUACUUUGACAACCGGCGAUUGGCGUUCUGGGCAGAUGUGCUGUUCCUCUGUUGCCUUCCCUCUCAUCUUCCCAACGUGUGUGCAGAGCUCCAAUACCAUCUCCCAAAGCACUGCCUGGUGUACACCUUCCUUUCUGCUGUACCUGUAAAGAGAUUGGCACAGCUUCUUGGUCACAGCUUCAUUCUCAAACCACAGUAUGAGUUUGUGGCUUGUGAUUCAGUCAACUUGUGGCUUUCCCAAGGCUCUGUGGCUGUGGCUUUAAAAGAUCCGGAAGUAAUAGAUGCAUCCUGUCCUAUUGCUAUGAGAGGUGGUCUCUGUCUGGAUACAAAAUGGCUGAUUGGCUUGUUGUACAGUCUGUUGAACAUGUACACUGUUGCAAGUGUGGGCUCCACUAAAGCCCUCGAGCUGAUCAAUCAGCUGUUCCAGUUGAAAGGUCCAGGAACUGCAGAAUUCACCAUAAAUAGUUUUGUCCAUUCCUCCUAUGUAUCUACACUGACACCAGAUGAGUCUUUCCCCUGGAUUAAUAUUACUGAAGCUCAAUGUAAGGAGACACCAUUAUUGUACUUUAUAUCAAAAAACAAAGUUAUGCUGGAUUGUGUCUCUGCUGUAUACAAAUCAGUAAUGAUGGGGCCUGGAAAGAAUGAGACCGGAAAAUGAGAAAAUGGA